GUCAGGUCACUCUCAACGCACGAAGAAUCCUGAGAGUAAUCAUGGACACGUGGAGUGAGACGGCGCGGCGGCGCGGGAGUGGAGGAGGGAAGGAAGGCGACGAAAUAAGUAACGACCGUAUCCGCGUCGCAUACAGUUGUCAGCCGAGGUACAUAUGUAGCGCUAAUACGCAGAAACCGCGUCGAGUGCAACCGGACCUGAGGCGGCGAAGCGGCCUGAAGCGAGUCAGCUGACUCGAAUCAGCGAGACUGAGAAGAGCCUCACAACGCAAGCGGACACUGUGCAUUCGAGGGCCCGGACGGGGGUUGCGCGCAGUAUAAUAAAGGCGAGAACACGGGUGCUGCAUCGCACUUCUCUCUCCUCGUCUCGCAGCCUGCAUCGGCGCGUUAGUCCGUUCGAGUUUCAUACGUCUCGUUGGUAGUGCUAAAAGAGCUUGGGAUCACUCGGGCACCACUGCCAUUGUAGGAGCUCGUGCUAAGUGGGUGCUGAGUCGCUACUAAUUCGCACAUAUCAAGCAGCUGACUGACCCAGGACGCGUCGAUUUUCUCCAGGUCGACGCGACGUUUAGGGUUUCGUAACAGCGACGCGAAGGACUGGCUAGUUGGGAGGGCGAAAGCCGAAUUAGUAGCACAGGGAAUUUGCUGCGGAGAAAAAUUAAGUUAUUCCCGUGGGUGGUGAAAGAAGGAACCGCGAAAUAUUUCGAGGCUCCUCAAUAUUCUAUUUCGAGUUUCACCUGGAAAUCAUGUCUCCCAGCGCGUUGCGAAAGCUAUUCGCGGCAUCGACCGUGCCUCUGGGGACCAUCUACAGCGUUGGCGAAGGUCGAACUGUCGUCAUCGGGCUGGACGGCUGUCGCGACUGUCGCAACGCCUUCGCACAGUGGUUGCGCGACGGCCAGCAACCGGACGACCGAAUCGUCGCAGCGAUCGCCGGCGGCAGUCGCCACAACCGGUCGUCGUCGUUGACGUCACUGGACGCCGCGCCUUCGUCGCAGAGUCGCACAAGCAAGCGCGGCGGCGACUCGGGCGACGUGCGACAAGCGACGAAGGCAGCAAUCACCAGUAGUGGUAACGCGAUGGCGGCAGCGAGUGGAAAGGCGACGGCCGUCGUGAAGAACACAGUGGUCGUGCCGGGUUUACCGCUCGAAGCCGAUUUCGGCGAUUGGGACAAGAAGUCGCGAUCGACGCUCCUGAAGCUCGCCGCCGUUGGAUCGCAAGAGAAGGUUCGUUUCGAGGCCAUUCGCCUGCCGUCCGCCGGCACAGCUCUCUCCUUCGCGCGUUCCCUCGUCGACUGCUGCCACUCCGUCGACGCGCACCUCCUCCUCCUUCCCGCGCACGACUGCUCCGCGCUCCUCCCCUUCCUCCCCUCGCUCCCCCUUUCCUCCGCUUCCUCCGUCUCCGCCUUAUCCGCUUCCUCCGCCUCCGCCGCCGCGAUCCCCUUCGCCUCCGCCGAUUCGCGCGCGCGUCGCGUUGCGUCGUUCUGCUCCGUAAAUGCUCCCUGUCCGGUCGAAUUGAUUGGCCGGUUGAGCAGCGGUGACGCGAGCGCAAGCGGGCGGGAAAGCUGUGGCGGUUCGGCGAGGGACUCUACUGCGAGAAAAGAAAUUGCUAAUUUCGUUACAGGAGCGCAUGAGAGGUGUAGCGAUGUGCAAGAUUGCAGCAGCAGUAACGGGUCCAGCAGUAACGAGGAUGCAGAUAGGGAUUUAUUUAGCAGCAGCAGCAGCAGUGGCAGCAGAAGCAGCGACUGUAGCACCAGCAGCAGCCCUUCUAGGGGCAGGGAGGACAGCUUGGUAGCAGAAGCACUUUCGAUUCAGUCACAGUCACAAGCCACAGACAUAGUGCAGGAACAAAGCCAAAGGAAUUACCGAGGCAAGCAAACUUUUGUUGGCAGCUUCUUCCUUAUCCGCGCAGGUUCGAGAAGCCGGACCAGCAGCAAGCGGGCUCAGGUUCGGCAGUUGGUUCGGCGAUGGAGUGGAGGUGGGGAGAGCAAAAGGGAGGCAACCUUCACUAGCCGUGGAUAUACUUUAUCAGUGUUCAGGGGCAAGGACGGAGUGGCCUCAGUUGGUUGAUGCCAGUUCCCUCCGUGUGCUAUGCUAGCUGGCUUCCACUGCAUUUAAUUUAUUCAUCCACCACCAAUUCAGAGUUCAGCGCUUGGAUCAAGGCGUAAACGAACAUUCAGGAACCUGUUCGCUCUUGAGAGCCCGAAAUGUGUGAGCGUUCAUAUAUAAACACUGUAGUAUGGCUAGGGAUCAGGCUACAUAUGGUACAACAUCUAG